ACCAAAGGUUGAUCAUCUACACACCCCACCUAUUAAUGUGCAACACAAUGAAACUUGAGUUCACCUUCCCAGCAACAUCAAUCGCAUACCAAUUAGCGUUGGAUUCGGAAGUCCAGUUAACCAUAACAGAUCGCACGUGAACCAAUCUACCGGAGGUUACAAACACUUCUCGUAUUUAAGAACAUACUUCGAGAGAGAGUCGCGCCAUAGUCUGUGAGCUAGUCUUGGUAUUAGUCGGCCCGAAGGUGACGAUUUUUCCGGACUAGGUUUUUGUGGAUUCGUGUAGGAACUGUUGUAAUGAUGAAAGUUUUCUUAGUGGUUCUUAGUGUCAUCGCUGUUGGAUUGGCUACGGAAGUCCAGGAAUGUCCUGGUUUCGAAAAAUCCAUCGAGAAUCUCAGCAGUCGCAUAGCAAUAGGAGGAUGUAGAAAACCCCCAUGUAGGCUGAGAAAAGACACAUCAGUUGAAGUAACAAUGAAAUUUUCUCCAGAUCAUCAGAUCAAGCAAUUGAAGAACACAGUCAGUGCCAACAUUCUCGGAAUACCCUUUCCAUUCGUCGGCGUAGAUGGAGAAAGUGCUUGUGAUAAUAUUUACAAGACAGACGGUGCGACGAAGGUUGGAUGCGACCUCAAAGCAGGAGAAGAAUAUAUAUACAAAUCGAAAAUCGACGUAUUGAAAGUAUAUCCAAGGCUGAAGACUGUGGUACACUGGGCCCUCACAGAUGGCAAAGGAACAGACGUCAUCUGUUUCGAAGUACCAGCAAGGAUAACUAAUUAAUUCUGUUUCAACACUUGGAAUUAGUUUUAUUGAAGUAAUGUAUUGAAUAAACUCGAUUUUUAUAUUUCGUCAUUGAACGGUUACUGCAUGCCUA